GAGCAGUUGCUUUAUCCAACUUGCUUCGUUUCGUCUCUUUUCGUUGAUUAAAAACGGAAACAAAUUUAAAUGCGGACAAUGUUGCCCCCAAAUGUUUGCGCUGGUCUGCAUUCCGCCGCCGCGGCUGCCGCCACUGGAGGAAGAUACUCGCAUCAUACAAAGGACAAAAGCCACGUAUCCUCCCUGGCCGCUCCUUUUUUUCGUCGCUCGCGGGAAAACGGAAUCUUAAUUUUUUUUUUACAUCCCGCUUGUUUACAAAUUGUGCUGACCACUCAGAGACCGCAGGAUUAAACACCGUCAAGCGUUGCUCCAAGCUUUUACGCAUGACUUGCCAGUGCUUGCCAUCUUUAAAGCCAGUGUCGUGCCAAAUCGCCUUGACGCACGGAAAUGAACCAAAGUCACGACUAAUACAGAGUUUUGUUUUUGCACUUUAAUUUAAAAGAAAGGGAUACUUAGGAUGGGACGUGUCCGAAUCUGGGUUGAGCUAGCUUGGAGAAAGAGGUGCUUCACCUCCCUCCUGCCAGUCCUGCAUGGUCAUGACCUGUCAUAACGCCCCUUCCACAGCUCGUCUCAUCCUAUUGGUCCUGCUCAUUGUCACUCCACAGCUAGCCGGCUCCGCCCCGGCAUGGGGCGGGCAAGGGGAGGGAGGGGUGCAGGGGCGCACACGGACAGACCACAAAGAGGACACUCUGGGCCCCCUCCUCUUGCCGCCCCAGCCCCAGAUUUUCCCUGGCACAGAUGACGCAUCGCCAGACCGGAUUCAUGGUCCAGGUCAAGAUAACCAAUUAGAUAAAGUGAGUGACCCUGAGCAGGUGCUUGCUGUUCUUUUGGAGGCCCUGGACCACCCAGGGGAUGGCGAAAUCCUCACCAGCAGAAGCAGAGACUGGGAAGAGGAGGAUCAGAGUCAAAAGCCGCCCUCCGCUGAAGACGUGCAGGGUGGUGAGAUAAGGGGAGCAGAGCAGACAGAGGGGGAGAGGGGGAAGGAAGAGGACAAUGAGAAGCAAGAGGCUGAUAAGGCAAUUGAAAAGGUAAUUUUAGGCCAUUUGGCAGCUGUUCAGGGGGAUGAAAUGCAGGAAAAGGAGGAAGAGGAGGCUAAAACUACAAGAUCAGGGGAGGAUCAAAAUGCAACUGAGGAAGAGAAGGGAAAUAAUUUAGAACAACUCAUAGAAAAAGUCAAAUCUGCAUCCACAUCAGAGGUGGAAGAUCCCUCGUUGGAGCGCAAAAUCCGAGGCUACUUCCAAAACAUCGACUUGGGUCUGCAAGACAAUGAGAUCCUGCCUCCUCUGAAGGGCUACAAGGCGUACAACACUCAGCUCGCACGAGCCGGGAAGAAGCAGCACUGGCAGGACAACAUGUCGCGCAACAGACCCGUCAAGGGGGGGAACUUUAUGGACGACUUCAAUGACGGCGGCGAGGAGCUGGAGGAGGAGGUCGAAGAAGAGGAGGAGAGUCUCUCCCACAUGCAAGAGGAGGCGAGGGCACGUGCAGAGAAGCAGGAGGUUCUCCGGCAGCAGGAGGAGGCGGAGAGAGCCAGGGAGGAAGAGCAGAGGCUGGCGGACAUCGCCUCCGACAUGCUGCUGCAGUACAUGGGCAGGAAGCAGCAAUCGUUCAUGAAGCCGCGACAGAAGAGCAGCAACACUGCCGAGGACAAGAGGUCAGAGGAGGUCCUCCCAGACGAGGACGACCUGGACCAGCAGAUGAUCGAUAGGCUGAUUGAGAUCAGCAGCAAGCUCCACCUGCCCGCCGACGACGUAAUCGAGAUCAUAAGUGACGUGGAGGAGAAAAAGAAGAAAAGGAAAGAGUUGCAGCAGCAGCCAAUCAACAGCAAUCCAAUCCUUCCUCGCUUCAGGCCUCUGGUGCCUCCUCCUCUUGCCACUCCCCCCAUUUACCACUACACAGCCUCAAAAAAUCCCAAGAAAGCUCCUUACAAGCACAAUAAAUCCAACAAGAAAUGGCACAAGGACAAAGUCAAGUCAUACAAGCAGGACUAUUGGUAUAAGCCUCAGAAGCAGCUUGACUACUGGUAUAAACCCCAGAAACAGUUUUUAGCCUUCCCCUCCUAUCCCUACUACCAAAAGCCAUAUCGAGCCUACUACCCAGUUUACUUCCCAUACCCUAAAGCACAGUACUACGGCAAAUCCUCCCCCUCCCGAGAUCAACCCUUCGGCACCCAGGAACUUGAUCUCCAGCCCCCGAGGCGCAGGCACAGGGGUGGAGGUAAGAACCGGGCCGGACAGGGCUGGAAGCAGCAGCCGCCCCCGCGUCUGCCUCUCACACCUUAUAUCUCUAACUAUAUCCUUCCUCACCCACGGACCUACCAGCCUCUGCCCCCUCCUAAACCAGUGAUCGCGCCCAGGAGGGGCAGACGACCACAGUACUACUACCCACAGGUCACUCCUGGAGAUGACUAUGAGGAAGAUGGGCUGGUGCCUCAGCUGGACAGUGAGGAGGAGCUGGAGAACUUUAUUGAGAGGAUCUACAUGAAGCGCCGAAUGUAUUGAGGGACUCUUUUGCAGACUGUCAGAUCAGCGGGACUAAAGGAGGGCUAGAACUGAAGAAAAUUAGCUGAGAGAAAAGUUAUAACUGAGGUGAAAUGAAAGGACUCAGAGGAGAUCCGUUUUGAGCCUGUGGUCAUUUUAAAAAGUUGGGAAAUGAAUAAAAAGUUAGAUUUCUUUUGUUCUUCACUGUAAUUUUAUUAUGUUUUCAGUCAGGGAGAGAAUGAAGAAGUUCCUCUUUGUACUCCCUGUAACCAUGUUCAGCCUCUUGAUGGGUUUACAUUUAAAACCAGAACAUACCGCAGUGUAUGUCUGCCUCCAUUCAGGUCAAUCUCUGAUGCUCUCUUGUAUAUUUCAGAGAAUUAUAGAGCAAGCAAACACACACAAGCGCACACACACAUGCAAACACACAGAGGCAUGCAUACAUAUGCACCUAUGACACAUUGACAUGCACACCUUAAAAAAAUAUGUUUACAACCUCACUUUGUAUCUUUUGUUGUAUAGUUAUGUCACAUUAAAAAGGAAAAGCAGCUCUACGACUUCUUGGCGAUACAAAAAAUGAAACUGAAACUUUUUUUUUUCUUUUUUUUUUUGCUGUAUUUGAUGUGUUUAGAUUUCUUUCUUAUGCCAGAUUGGAUUAACUUUAAAGAGCUUUAAACACUUUUUGGUUCAAAUUUGAUAUUCUGAUUAUUUGCCUUAACAGUGCCAUGGUUCUAUAAGGGAAAUAUCACAUUGCAUACGACUUUUAUCACAAGUGAUCCUGACGUAGAAACCCUGUGGACUCCUAAAGCACAAACUUAAACAGUAAACACUUCCAACGUGGUGGACCAGGGGUUUUUAACUAUUUUGGGAUCCAGUUUCAUUUUUUUUGUGUCAGCACACAUCUGAUAUUUAUCUAUGCCUUAAAGUUUUGUUAUCAUCUGAGGCCCUUUUACUUCUUGUGUACAUUUUUGUUCCUUCACCAUCUCUGGAUUUCCUUAUUUUUUUGAGAACAAAAAAGAUACUUGAAAUCACACUAUGUGUUUUGCAGCCUUUUAUUACAGAUGUUUCCACCAAGAGGCUACAAGCAUUUUGUUGAUUUUUCAGGAGAUAAUUAAUUGAAAAGCUUCAGUCCAGGGAGUCAGGGAUUGUGCGUAAGCCGUUAAAUGCACGUCUUUCUACUUGCAUCUUAAAAAAUGAACAAAAAAAAAAAGAACAAAAAAAGAGGAAAAAAACAAAACAGUAUGGAGAAUACAAAAAUGAUUGUUUUCUCUGAGUAAACUGUGAACCUAAAAAACAAAAAUCAAAGGAAAGAGGGCCACUGUAUAUGCACAGUGAAGCCAUCUGUCUUGUAAAAGGAGAGUGUUGUUGUUGAUGUCACCUUUAGCAUUGUAAGAUGUACAGUGUGAAAUAAAUAUGCCCGUGCAAUGUGUAAAUAACAGCAUGAUGAUUACUAGUUUUGCUAUAUGAUAAAAAAAUAAAAGCAAUUAUUUUAUUAAAGUUCAGUUUUUUAAUGGC